AUGUUGACCAGGCAUGACAAGACACCGGUAUGGCUAGACGUUGACACAGGACACGAUGAUGUUUUCGCCAUCCUGCUUGCCGCACGGCAUCCGGGUCUGCAGCUACUGGGUGUCAGCUCUUCAUAUGGCAACGCUGAACAGCAGUACACGACCACAAACACAAGCGCGGUGCUGGCUGCUGUGGGCAGAGCAGACGUAAAGGUUUAUCCAGGUGCCAUCAAACCGUUCUGCCGUUCGUUCAUCGAGCCUCCAGAGAUCCAUGGGAAAACCGGCCUCGGUGGCACAACCUUGCUUCCUGAGCCAGCAUCGAAUACCGAGCAUGAUGUCAACUUCAUCGUUGCUGCUCGCAAUGCCAUCAUGGCUCAGCCACCCAACAGAGCCUGGUUCGUGGUGACAGGGCCGUGUACAAACGCCGCUCUUCUCUUCGCAGCGUUCCCAGAGGUAGUGGGUCAUCUGGCUGGUCUGAGCAUCAUGGGCGGAGCCGUAGGCGGUGACUUCUGCCCUCAGGUAUCGAAGGAGUUCGGGAAGACUCUGGGACAGAGCGAAGGCUUCGGCAACGAGACGCCUUGGGCCGAAUUUAACAUUUAUUGUGAUCCGGAGGCCUCGCAUGCCCUCUUUUCCAAUGCGGUGCUGGCAGCAAAGACGACGCUGGUCACUCUUGACCUGACGCAUCAGUGUCUGGCAACGAAAGAGGUCCGAAAGCAGUUGCUAGGACCGGGCAAGCCAAGCUUGCUUCGAGCCUUUAUGAACGAGAUCCUGGAGUUCUUCGCAAAGAGCUACGUUGAGUGGUUUGACGUAUAUGAGGGUCCGCCGUUGCACGAUCCGCUUGCUGUGGCGGUGCUGUUUGGCUACGAGAACAGAGUGUUUGAAGAUGAUGGCGAUCGAUACCAGAUUGCAGUGGUGACGGACGGGGCUCACAGCCAUCUUGACAGUGUCAGAGGUCAGGUGGGUAGAACGGUCUUGACGAAGGCGAAGCCUGAUUUGGAAGGGCGCGUAGCAGGCGUGAGAGUGCCGAGGAAACUGCAUACUCAUGCUUUCUGGGAUGUACUGGGCAGUUGCAUCGAGACUGCCGACCGAGAUAUGCUAGAUUCGACGACAUAA